AUGGCAGAAGCUGUUCCAGUGCCGAGCCAUUUGGACAGCAACGGCGAGAUCACCGCGAGACCGUCGGAGGGUUUGCCCUGUGGCACGAUUAAAUUUCCAGACGGGGGUACAUAUGUUGGCGAAUACAAGCUUGUGGAGAGAAAUAAGAACCUCGAAUACACAUAUCACGGAAAGGGCAGCUACACAAGAGGGAGCUACAGCUGCUCGGGAGUGUGGCGCGACGGGCAGUUCGCAAGAGGAACUAUAAAGUUCGAGAGCGGAGACUCCUUCGAUGGGCAGGUGUUUAACGGUCUUUUCCACGGUUGGGGACGUUAUACAUGGGCCAACGGUGAACAGUCUUAUGAAGGAACUUGGAGACAUGGUCUAAUGUCAGGGACAGGCACGUUGCGCAUCAAGGCUUCUGUGCCUCUGAGGGUGCAUCCCGAGGAGGUAUCCGAGGCAUCAAACACACCCUGGCCGACACACCAAAUUGUCACAGGCUGCUUUCAUCAUGGCAGGCUGCACGAGGCUCCAGGCGUCCAAAUGGCAAUGCAGGAGGAAUUCACGAAUCAGUAUGUAGCCGAAUGGCGUGAAACAGCCAUACAUAGUCUACGCGACAUGGAGGCAGCCCUCCGGCAAGGACUAGAUAUAUCAGGAUACCUGGCGGGAAGUGGCUCAGGAUCACCGGGGACUGUGAGCUCCAGUUCAGGCGGGGAACCCUCCAAGGGCAUCAUGAAACCAACUUCCGCAGGAAGCGCCUCUGUCGAAACCGACUCUCGUGCGAAGGGCAUGAAGAAAACCAGUGCCCGAACCACGGUGAGAAGCAUUUCUGGCAAACAGGUGUCGUCAAUAAACGCAGGCUGUGACGCCAACCCGAGGAUCUGGUUGCCCUCGAGCGACUUCGCCGCCGAGACAUUUGUCGCCCCUCCUUAUCCACAGGUGUCCGAUUUUCAUGCUGAUGGAAUUUCUCGAUUAGUGGGUCUCUUAUGCGCCGACGUUGGCGGCACUCCUGCGAUGGCCUGUGAGAUACGUGUGCCACUUGCAGACGCUGAACUUUCUCAGCUGGUCACGGUGGAUCCAUCACGCGUCCGCAACGAAGGACGAAAAUUUGGUUGUGGCUCUGGACAAAUCGUAGAAGUGACAGCGCGUAUGGAUGGAUCAGGUUCUUUGCUAGCUUCUAUCGCUCUGUUGAACUGCAACCAUCUCACAUCUGUUUCUGCUGCGGCAUAUUUCCGAGUUAUAGGACUCUCUUUGCUGUCUCCACAGCAACUACGCCGGUUAAAAUGA